AUGGACGAGACGGCCUUCAAGCUCCUCUGGCUGGCCCAGUGGAAGCUCCAACAGGAGUCGGAGCACAUGGAGCCCAAGCUUACCAAGAUGAUUGGUCACCUUUCCGUGUAUCAGAAAGCGGCCCAGUAUAUGGAGGAACAUGACGUGAGCAACCUCACUAUUUGGGCUCCCACGCAAGAUGUUGACCAUGGCCAGGUGGAGGAUACCAUAUUCGGCAAAGAGGAUCGUACCGAUGUCCUAGAUGAAUUCUCGGAGCUCUUGACGCACGAUUCAGCUGAACUCUCUCAACAAUCAGAAGAGCCAUCAAGAACCACAAGCUCAGUCCUGGUCACCGAGGUUGAAGUUGACGCCGAAGGCGAAAGAAACCCUUUCUCCGACGACGAAGAGGUCUCCAGUCGAGGAGAGGAUGACAUGGACUGGAGCAGCGACGAAGAAACAGAGUUUGGCAGUGUGUCGAGCUUCGACGAGGAGAAUGAUGCCGACAGUGGAGACAUUGCCAACCAUCGCGCACUAGAAGAGAAAAAGGGUGAUGUGGAUAUGGACCCUAUCUGGAGGCUCCAAGACCGCGAGACGGAUCUACCUCCUGAUUUCGAUGGCUGGUCGCGAUAUUUUCCUCCGCUGGUACGGCCUGGCACUCCUUCACCCACGGCAAUCGAUGGUAUUGCCAUCGUCGGGGCUUCGUGA